AUGAACACUGCAGCACAGGGUGCGCAAGGCGGGGUUCUGUUAGAGCGAAAACUCAACCAUGAAGAACGGACUGCGUUGCUCGGCAAACUUCAGGAGCGUCUGCGUGCACUCUUCGGAGCGGGGCCGCACCCCGUGGAGGAAAUGCUUCCCGAGUACAUCUUGACCAUGGUUGAGAACCGACGCAGCGCAGAAUUUAUGGCCGGAGAGCUUAACUCUCUUCUUGCGGGUGAGCGAGCAGGCCUAGGUGAUGAAAUUAUCCAGUUGGUCUCGGGAGAACUGAGGCAACUGUCGACAGACGCCGCCUCGCAGCGCGAGCAAAAGCGCAGUCGUCCCGGGAAGUCACUUGAGAAUGAUCAUGAUGUGCACGAAACCCAGAACGCCAACGCCUCUAAGGGAGAUGUAGAUGGAAAACGCGACGCCUGCGCGUUGAACCAGGAGGCUCAGACAACGGCGACUUCCGAGGGACGUCAAGCGCUACCAGUCGAGCAGUCGCCGGCAGCGUUGAACGGCGCGGAAAACCUAGCAGCUAGACCAGCUUCUGACUCAGAGUCGGUGCAUAAUAGGGAACCACAACUGGACAAAAGAUCAACAAGCGCCACUGGAAAACGACAGCAGCAGAGGACCUCACGUGAAGCGCGAACAUCACAACGGCAGGUAAGUCACACGGGCGAAACCUGGAAAAAGCGGCGCAUGGAGAACGAGAACGCAUCGCAGCAGCGGGGUGAGCUUAUGGACGAGCCAGUCCAGACGCGAGACGAGGCGCCUACACAAUCCACACCAGCCGAGAAGCAGACCACGGGUCCGCAGGACAGCAACGCGUGCGACUCGGACCCCGGUAGCGCGUCAACGGCAAGCGACUUGCCUCCGAGGUGUCAGUUUUGGCCAAAUUGUCGGAAUGCGAGCGCCUGCAAGUUCCACCAUCCUACCGAGUUGUGUCGUUUCUAUCCAAACUGUCGAUCGGGAGACCGCUGUCGCUUUAUUCAUCCGACAAGUCGCUCUGGCAGCUCGGCGACUCUGGCACUCAUGCGGAAAGCGAUGGGCAUGCCACUGCAUCACGGCAUCCCCAUUCCGUGCAAGUAUGGAUUCGCCUGUGAACGACGCCGGAAGGAUCGUUCCUGUCCGUAUGCGCACCCGCUGCUUGCCUGCCGCUACGGAAAAGAUUGUCGUAAGAUAGCCCUGGGAACGUGCGCCUUCAGCCACGCUCCCUUGUGCCGCUACGGUUGGUCGUGCACGCGACCCGGUUGUACGUUCGCGCAUCCUGCACAAGAAUCCGGUACCGAAUCUUCCGAGCAGGCCGAUGCAAACAGAUCCCGAGGUGAAUCGGUUACCACCCCGAGCAGCGACGCGGAAAUGGAUAACGCGCAAGCACCAAUGAUGGUGUCGGAAUCCUGA